UCAUCAGAAAGUAAUUCACCUUUUUACGGUAUUUUAAUAAUUUUCCUUCACUUUCUCACUUCCCAAACAGAUCUCUCUCUUUCUUACACAGUCUGACACCUUUUUCACAUUCGUUACGCUUCUCUCCAAAACUUUCCAAUUAUUGCUCCACAAUUAUUAAUUAAAUCAACAUGUUUCAAACUCAAUCUCCGUCUCUCAAUUCAUCUCCCGCUCCCUCCAUGAAGACCAAACGCGCCGCCGCUGCUGACUCCUCUGAUGAUCCCGCUUCUAAACGGCCUAACUUCUCCUCCGCCGCCGCAGACGACGCCGUCGACACCGUCGAAGAGAUGAAAGCUACCGGAGUAGAACAAGGAGAAGAAGAAGAAGACUCCGCCGGUCUCCGACUCCUCGGCCUCUUGCUACAAUGCGCCGAGUGCGUCGCCAUGGACAAUCUCGAAAACGCCACCGAUCUUCUCCCGGAAAUAUCUGAAUUAUCGUCUCCGUUCGGCUCUUCACCUGAGCGCGUGGGUUCAUACUUCGGCCACGCGCUUCAAGCGCGUGUGGUGAGUUCAUGCCUCGGUACUUACUCGCCGUUAACUUCGAAAUCGUUAACGUUAACGCAGUCUCAAAAAAUAUUCAACGCUUUUCAGAGCUAUAAUUCAAUUAGUCCGUUAAUUAAAUUCUCUCAUUUCACUGCUAAUCAAGCGAUUUUCCAAGCGUUGGAAGGUGAGGACCGUGUCCACGUCAUCGAUUUUGAUAUCAUGCAAGGACUUCAAUGGCCAGGAUUGUUUCAUAUACUUGCUUCCCGGUCUAAAAAGAUUCGGUCAAUGAGAAUAACCGGGUUUGGAUCAUCCUCCGAGUUGCUUGAGUCAACCGGGAGGAGAUUAGCCGAUUUUGCUAGCUCACUAGGUUUACCAUUUGAAUUUAAUCCAAUAGAGGGUAAAAUCGGAAAUAUCACUGAUUUAAGUCAACUUGGUGUUAGACCAAGGGAAGCAAUAGUUGUACAUUGGAUGCAUCAUUGUCUGUAUGAUAUAACUGGAAGUGAUUUGAGUACUUUAAGAUUGUUGUCUUUGUUAAGGCCUAAGUUGAUCACCACCGUUGAGCAAGAUUUGAGUCAUGGGGGGAGUUUUUUAGGGAGAUUUGUGGAGGCUUUGCAUUAUUAUAGUGCAUUAUUUGAUGCAUUGGGGGAUGGGUUGGGUGUUGAUAGUGUUGAGAGACAUACUGUGGAGCAGAAUUUGUUUGGUUGUGAGAUUAGAAAUAUUGUUGCUGUUGGUGGGCCGAAGAGGACGGGUGAAGUGAAGGUUGAGAGAUGGGGGGAUGAGUUGAAACGAGUUGGUUUUCAGCCGGUUUCGCUUGGGGGUAAUCCGGCUGCUCAGGCGGGUUUGUUGCUCGGGAUGUUUCCUUGGAAAGGGUAUACUUUGGUUGAGGAGGAGAAUGGGUGCUUGAAGUUGGGGUGGAAGGAUUUGUCUUUAUUGACUGCCUCUGCUUGGCGUCCGUUUGAUUGAGUAACUAUAAUUUGGUCAAUUUUAUUGUAAAUUGUAUUUGUAGAUGAAACCAAUGGGAUCAUUCAUUGAUGUAAUCGGGGUUCACUAUAUUCAGGCACUUCCUGAAUAUGGAACAACUAAUUACAGACUAUGGAGAAUUAGAAAAUGAAAGUAUUUGAGGCACAUACAGAUUGCACCAGAUUUGUGGCUGUCCAUCAUGUGCUGCCAUCAUCUGGUGGUAUGCUUGUCAAGCCUUGAGACUGGGAGGAUAGCUGGGCACGUGGUCAGAUAUUCGAGGGACAUCCAACCAUGUGAGGCUAGUGACAUCUAAUUCAAAAGACAAAUUUAUGAUGGAAGUACAACAUAAAGCACCCCCCCUGAGGAGGCCAGAGCUACUUGGUAAUGUGGCAUACCUAGACCAUACGAGCACAUCAUAUUCACGGAGUUUAAUUUUGAUCCCUCAUUAGGAAUGUUGGCACUCCCAAUUCAGAUUUUAGGCUGGAUGCCUUCAGAAAGUAGUAAUGUUUGCAACUAUCAGACCAAAUAUUGUGUCCAGAUCCAGACACUUGAAGGCCACACUCAGAAUGUCUAUGCAGUGUGUUGUCAUCCCAAACUUUCUAUAAUCUUUACUAGUUCUGAUAUGGGACAGUUUGCAUAUGGCAUUCAACAACUUACUGGUAAUCCUAUUUCUAUAAACUUCUAAGAUUUUAUGCUUAUAUCAUAUGUGCAUGGACAUCGCUCGACCUUAACCUUAGAUCUGUAACCUUGUUGUUAGAUGUAAAAUAAAACUGGCAUUUAAACUUUGUGUUCAAGAUCCAGAAUCAGAUUGUUUGGAGAGUUCGCCCUAUUAAAACAAGAUAUACCAAAAUAGAUGUUUGUAGAAAGUUUUUGUUCAUAUGCUCGUAAACUAGCUGUUUCAUCUAAGUUUAGUUGUAUGGAUGGGCGUGUGAUGAAAAAUAACUGCAGGCUUGAUCUGGCUGUAAAUUUGAAUUGCAGCUGAGGAAUCAAACUUUCUCUAUCUAAAUGUAGGCUAAAUCAGGUUCGCAUUAGAUUCUUUCUAAUUUAUGUUCCUUUUUAGAGAAGAAAAUGGUAGCAUAUCGACUAUAUCAUUAGAUACAUGGUAGAUAUACAUGGUAGAUGGAUACAUAACUCCCUUGAAUACGUUAUGUGUUCCCCAUUCAUUGAUGAGACUAUUUCAGAUAGUUAGUAUGGGUGAAGCCAUUACCGUCCACAAACUCUGCAUCAUUGUUGCUGAUAUCUUACUCUUGUUGGGUUUGAUUUAGGGAUUUGUUUAGCUGUUGAAUUGUACUUUUUCAGAAGAGAAGAUGUUAAGGAUAAAGAAUAUGAUAAAUAGAUAUGUGAAAUAGUGCAAUGUGGAUAGGCAUACUACUGAUAGAGUCGAAGUGAGAUGAUACUAAUGCUACAGAAACUCAUAUUUGUCCAUUAAUUUGCAAAGAUGGACAACAAAAUAUCUAGAAUGAGUUUAAAUCAAAUUUUGAACGGAAGACAUUUGUCUGCGGAGAUGGCGAUUAGCAUGGAUAAAUGAAAUGAUUGGGCAGGUUCUGGUUUUUUUUUGGUCCGGGGUGGAGUCAUUUGCAAACACUAUGACAUCAAGCUAUUUACUAUCAACAGAGAAUGGAUUCUAUUUCAGUUUUAAAUUAUUGGAUCCCAAAUCCUAAGUGUUCAAGGUAUUUGGAAAACCUAAAGUGACCUAGCUCCACGUAAAUGGGCAGCUUGGAGUCAAGUGUCUGAUUGGCUUGCUCGGUUAGCAUCAAAAUUUCUAUGUGAUUCGUUGAUUGGAAGUUGGAAACCUUAUUGUGCUGCUCGUGUUGGCAGCUUCUGCCGGAACGAUGGUGUUUCCUACUCCAUUUCAUUUUCUUAUUAGAAGGUAGAUUUAGUGUUUAUGUAGAGUUUUUUCUUGUUGAAUCAUGUAAAUGAUGUGCUAGGCUUGACACUGCAAUGCAUCUCUCAUGGAUCUUCUAUAAUAAAUGAAGUUUGUAUGUUCAAAGGAAA